AUGACGAAGGUUAACUCCGGUAUCGCCAGCUCGCGACGAAAGUCGAGAAAGGCGCACUUCGGUGCGUCUUCCGGCGAGCGCCGUGUCAUCAUGAGCGCUCCUCUUAGCAAGGAGCUCCGUGAGAAGUACAACGUCCGUAGCAUCCCCGUCCGAAAGGACGACGAGGUCACCAUCGUCCGAGGCACCAACAAGGGCCGCGAGGGCAAGGUCACCGCUGUCUACCGUCUCAAGUACCAGAUCCACAUCGAGCGCGUCACCCGCGACAAGGCCUCCGGCCAGAGCGUGCCCCUCGGCAUCCACCCCAGCAAGGUCGUCAUCACCAAGCUAAAGCUCGACAAGGACCGUGAGAACAUCCUAGAGCGCAUCAAGGUCGGCCGCGAGCUGCGAUCCAAGGGCAAGGCUGCUGCCAAAUAA